UGCAUUGCAGGUUUGGUACUAAUUUCUCAAAAAAAUCAUGCUUUUGCAGCACCGUCCUGUUGAGCCAUGAGAUCUGAACCAAGGAAUCCAGAUAACAUCGACUAUGUUUAUAGAUCACUACAUGUUCCGUUGGAACACUGUGAGGUCCUUUUUCCAGUUUGCUACUAAAUUCUCAAAAAAGAAACGUUCUUAUGCAUCACCAUCAUGUGGAACCACGAUACCUGAACCAAUGAACUCAGUGAACAUUUAUUAUAUUUAUUAUGGAUCAUUACAUGUUCUGCUGGAACAAGGUCAGUUUGGAGUAGUCUAUUUUGGCUACUUGGAAGAUGGAACCCCAGUUGCAGUCAAAACACGCUUAGAAUCAUCAUCUCAUGGGGUUAAUGAGUUCUUGGCAGAGGCUCUACAUCUAAUAAGAGUUCAUCACAGGAACUUGGUCAAUCUGGUUAGCCACUACAAGGAUGGACACCACUCAACUCUUGUCUACGAGUAUAAAUUGCUAAUUUGCAUUGCUCUUUCGUGCAACAAGUGCGUUGAUACUUACAAACAACAAGGCAUGUGACUAUUUACUAUUACUGUUGUUUGGUAUUUGAACAUGUCUUUUCGAGGGGGAGAUGGGAACAGAUAAAUUCAGUGAAAGUUGGCUGCACGUAAACUAUUGUGAUCAAGUUGGAAAAAAAUGUUUCCCCUCUUAACUGCUCCUGUUGGAGACUGGGGUCAGUAGUCACUGAAAUUUGCACACGCAUGGAGGAAUGAAUGAUGAUUCUCAAGUAAUAAAGUUGUAGCCUUCACGACAAGAUAAAUGGAUGAUUUUGCAGCUCAAGUGUUGCUACAUGUUACAGAUAACUAUGGUAUUCGAUUUUAAUGAAUCUGCAUAUUGCUGUUGAGCACCGGAAGCGAGGGAGGGCAUGGCUGCACUGGAGGUUGUCCCAAGGCGAGGGCAGGGCAGAGACAUGCAACAAUGAGGGUUGCAACCGUAAUCAAUAUCUCAACAUCAAAUCAUUUCCUAUAGCCUUCCAGCAAGUUCAUUCUUAUUUUCUGAUUGGGUCAUGUUAGGCCAGCAAAGUAAACCUAGAAAAACUGAUUAGGCAAUGAUGUUUUUGUUUAAUUUUAGUGUUUGGUAUUUGUUUCAGAUAUGAAUAAUUCUGGUUAUGGUUUCUGCAUUGCAUAGUGACGUUAUAAUGAGAUUAGAGAUAGUUGUCACGCA